GCGGGGAACUUUCGACUACGAGGUAGGCCCUGUCCUCGCCCUCUUCUUUUUUCAUCAUACCGUUGCAACGUGCAUGCACAUGCCGACCCCAUUCGGACCUAGCAACCACUUCUCACGACCAGGGUCUCUCAGCUAUCCACUUUCCCCCAGAUUCUUGCCUUGCUUGCGCAGUAACUCUACUGACGGAGGUACUCAUCCAUCCGGGUCUUCUGUGACGAUUUCGGUUGCUUGCCAGUAGUAGUCACUGGACUCGCUACAACUGCUUGUACAUGCUCUCCAGGAUGGAAGCCCACUUCUAGUCGUUUGCCCCGUCCCAGCCCUGAGAACCUUGGUUAUUAGGUUCGCCAACUAGAUCCAGUCCAUGCAAUUCCUUCUCCGUUAUGAACCUCUAAGUCAUCCCAGUCCGAACAUCCCGCCUAUACCCAUACAGCCGAAAGGCAUCAAGGUGUAACCACACGUACCCUCUACUCCGACUUCUAUCUACAUAAAGCCUUCUUUCCCUCAGCUUUUCUCAGGCUCUCUCUCUCCCUCUCUUCUCUGCUUCAUCCACACUCGCUUGUCUAUCAUACCGACACCUGAUAUCCACUACCACCUUACACCCACAACCCACCAACAAUCAAGAAUUACCAAAAUGAAGUACGCGUAUGCUCUCGCUGCCCUGGCCGCUGUCGUCGCCGCCCAGGUUGACCCUACCAUCAUCCCCGAGUGCGCUCGCCAGUGCUUGCUGGACGCCACUGCCUCGGCCACCAGCUGCAAGGCUGGCGACUACGUCUGUUCCUGCGAGCCCGCCAACAAGUCUGCCAUUCAGGCCGCCGCCACUGGCUGCGUCGUCGGAGCCUGCGGUGCCGACGUUGCUCUGAACCAGGUCCUUCCUGCCUCCGACAAGCUUUGCGCCGCCGCUGCUGGCUCUGGCAUGUCUGCCUCAGCUUCCGCCUCCUCCUCGGCCGCUGCCUCCUCGGCUGCCUCUGCUGCCUCCUCCUCGGUCCCCCCCGCCAGCAUGCCCUCCGUCGCCACCACCACGGCCGUGACCGUCACUGCCUCUCCCUCCGCCAGCAGCGCCGUCGUCACCUCUACCCGCGCCAGCAACGGCACCGCCUCUGCCUCUGGCACCGCUUCCGGUACCGCCGCCGCUACCACCUCCGCCGUCCAGGCUGGCGCUGCUGGCCUUGCCCCCGUCGGCGGUCUUGCCAUGCUGGUUCUCGGUGCUCUUGCCAUUUAAGCUACCAGACCACUGGAGGAGACAUGGCUUUUGGAAGUAGAGCUUGCCCGGAGCUAUCUGUAAAGAUAGACGGAUGGACUAUUUGUACAUUCAUGAGAAAAGUCGGAACGAAACGAUUCAUGGUUGACGGUGGAUGAUUGAAGUUUUCUACUGCACCACCAUACGGAGGUUUAUUGCCCGGAGCCAUGUGUUUGACAUCGGGCAUGUAGUUCAAGUUAAAAGCAAUACAAGUUUUUUAAUAUCA